AUGCCUAAGGAAAAUAUGCGGAAAAGUUACGACAAGACAAAUAUUAUUCGAACUGAAUCAGUUUCAGUAUCUGGUUCAAUACGUCACCGUCGUCCAGAUACCGCAACACGAUCAAUUGGAAAACCAGUCAUAAAACAUAGUCUUGUGAAGAAAGCGACACGUUCGUUUGAAGCAGAUUUAACUAGAAUUGAAAUAAUCUCUCUUUCAAGGCGCACAGCCAGAAGAAAAAGGAUAAGGGUACCAGUUUGUGAUACAAGUUCACUUGCAACUAACGAGGACCGAAAAUUGAACAAAAAUUCCGGCAAUAUCUGCGCCGAAUGUUCAAGUACAUCGGCUAGAAAUCAAUCCGGUGAAACGGAACCCCUACAACAUUGUGCAGGGAACUGUGGCGUUUCAUUGCAUUCUUCUUGUUUGGCAAUUAAAUGCGGCCCCUUGAUUACUUUGCUACCUCGCGGAUACCGAUGGUUUUGUCAGAGCUGUAAAACGUGCUCGACAAUCCCAUCGUGUUCAGUGACCGAUCGUAUGACGUAUUUAUUAAACUGUGGCACAUGCGAACGUGGUUAUCAUUUGCAAUGUCUACAGCCUGCUGUGUCUGUAGAUAAACCGAAAUCGGAAUGGCGAUGUUUGUUUUGUAGAGAUCAUGCUAUUUCUAGUACAGUAGAUCCGUUUGAUGAGCGCGGGAACAGGCUGAGUCUAAAAAUCCAAAUUUCAAUCUCAAAUUUCCAUAACCGUGAAAAUCAAAAUACUAUGAGUAGAAAUUGUAGUCAGAUGAAAAAUGAACACACCAAUGAACUAGACAAUAGUGAAAAGCUGCGCAGUUGUAAAGAUGUAGUGGAAAAAUAUAAAAUUGGAUUGGGAAAGUGGACGGUACCUCUGGAUUUGAUGACAAACAGUUAUGACAAGACAAAUAUUGUUCAAACUGAAAGAAAUUCAUUAUCCAGUGUAAAAAGUCAACACCAUCGUCCAGAUAUAACAUCAUUGAUUAGAACACCUGUCUUACAACAUAGUUCUGAAAGAAAAGCACGAUUACUUACAGAAAAGCUUGGUAAACCAUCCAUUUCAGAUUGGAUGUACUUCCGUGAUGUCAUGGUUGACGGAAACGUCACCUCAGCCUCUCACUUAAAAAAAGAAAAGCUUGGAAAACCAUCGAUUUCAGGUUCGAUGUAUCUGCGUGAUGUCAAAAAAGACUGUAAUGUCCCUUCUUCACUCCUUACAGUUGCAGCGAAAAAAAGGAAAAGGGCACUGACCGAUUUUGCCGACCAAAAAUUAAAAAAAGAGAAGCUCGGAAAACCAUCCAUUGUGGGUUCAACGUAUCGACGUGAUGUCACUGAAGAUGUUCUGAAAAAUAUGAGCCGCCCUGUUGCACCUAAUGGGGCUAUGAACGAAGAUGUCGAAAUCUGCAAUGGGACAAAAUCAAGGGCAAAGAAUAGUACAAUUGCUAAGGCUCCAAUAAGAUGUCCGGCUCAAAUACAAUUUGGGAAAUUUGAAGUGGAGACAUCGUAUUCAUGUUCAUUCCCGCAAGAAGAGGACACUGCAAAAAAAUUAAUGUUUUGUGAAUAUUGCCUAAAGUAUACGAAAUGUCAAUCGAUUCUAGAAAGACACAUGCGCCAUUGUUGCUGGAGGCAACCACCAGGAAUUGAAAUCUACCAAAGUGGAGAUCUCAGUGUUUUUGAAGUUGAUGGAAAUGUAGACAAAACGUACUGCCAAACAUUAUGCCGAAUAGGAAAAUUAUUUUUGGAACUUAAAACCCUGGUCUCUGGCGUCGAACCGUUUUUAUUUUACAUUCUUACGAAAAAUGACGGUUUUGGCUGUCAUUUGGUUGGUUAUUUUUCAAAAUUAAAAAAUAGUGAGGAAAAUCAUAAUUUAUCCUGUAUUGUAACCAUGCCACAGUAUCGAAGACAAGGGUAUGGUCGAAUUCUCAUCGAAUUGAGUUAUCUCUUAUCAAAAAUCGAAAGGCAACCGGGAACACCAGAAAAACCCCUUUCCGGCUUAGGUCGACUGACAUACAAUAAAUAUUGGAAAGAUGUCAUACUAGAAUAUUUAGAUGCACAUAGAGACAGUGACAAAAUAUGUAUUGAUGAUAUUAUCAGUGAAACUGGUUUAAUAAGACAGGACAUAACUAAUACUCUAAAAUUCCUUAAUAUGAUUGUGGAAGUAUUUAAAAAAAUGACAGUAUGUAUUGACUGGGACAUUGUAGAUGCUCAUAUAAAGAGAAAAACUACAUUAAAACAAAUUCAUAUUGAACCGGAUCGUUUAAGAUGGACACCGCCAACUAAAUUAUCAAAUUUAUUAUUUUCACCAGAUGGCAAAGUUAGUUUUUCCUGAUAAAAAAAACUAAAAAUGUAUAACGAAAUAACGAUUUUUAACCAUUAAAAUAUUUUUUUUUAGGUUAGGCAAAAUCUUGAAGAACCUCUUAUAAUUAACUGCAUUUUAUGAAAAAUGAUAAAGAGAUGUAGGAAGAUGGUGAAAACCAUAAAUUGAAUGAUGAUUUGGUUUGAGGUAUGAAGAAAUCUUAAGCAAUCUGGUUCAAUAUGAAUUUUUUUAUGUACUUUUCCUCUUUAUUUUGAGCAUUCGCAGUAGGUAGUCCCAGGCAAUACAUAUUAUU